GGUUACCCAGAGUCAUAAGAACAACGACCACAGAACGAUAAAGACGUGUUUAAAAUUCAGCAUGGCUCGAUAAAUAAUGAAUACAAGAGAACAAUUUAAAGUUAGCACAAGAGUUUGAAUUGGCUUUUGCAAGUAAUGUCAAUAAAGACAAUAUAUGAACAAUAACAAUGCUUGACUUCGAAUGCCCAAGUAUGUGGACGACCCCACUGGACAGCUAUCCAAUGUCAGUACUUGAGACAGAAGAAGCCGAUAAAUUCAUGGAGGCUACGUUCUUUUAUGAUGCUGAGUUAAAACCUUCUGAGCAGACCGACGGUUUUGCAGAAGCUACUUUAACUGCUUUGGAAACGGGAGAACUUACCCCAUUAGUAAAAGAGGAAUUAAAGUAUACCAUACAAUCUAGAAGGUUGGCAAAUGGUCAAGACGAACUAGGGGUGGAAUUCACUAAACCAGAACAAGGACAGCUGACGGAAGAGGAAAAGGAGAAAAUAGUAAAAAGGCGAGAACAGAAUAAACUAGCAGCCAGACGAUUUCGUCAACGUCGUCGAGCGAAAGGACCCGUUUAUGCAAAGGAAGUGAAUGAAUUAGAGACGGACAACACAAGAAAACUGGCUGAGAUCAGACGUCUGCGAAAAGAGCGGGACGAACUACAGGCGAUGUUACAUAAUCAUCUAUUGGUCUGUCCCACGGUUACCAUUCAAACUGGAUGAACAUUGGACAAGGAGUUCGAUCGUGUGUGAAAAAUAACAAGGAUUCACUGUUUAUAAGUACAGAGAAUACAAUAUAAACAUGUGUAAAAAGCGCGGAGCUCUGCUGUGUAUAUAUUUACAAUUUAGUUGUAUAUUACAUCUACAACGAUUCUGAAGAAACAUGGACACAUAUUAGUGUACACAUAUAAGCUACAUGCAUGACAAUAAUGUCUUAGUGUUUAUGUAUUACACUAGUUAUCAAAAUGUGUUUUUUUAAUGUAUAUGCAGUUGAGAGUUGAAAAAUUGCUGUUUUCAUAUAGUUAGUUACUAAAAUAUAUAGAAACAGUAUAUUAAGAAAAAAAAUAAUAGAAGCAGUAUAAGAACUAAAAAAAUACUUUUUGGCAAUUACAUUUUGUCUUGUUUGUCUAUGAAAUGAUAUGUUGUCAUAACAAGACAGUGUUACUGUAUUUUGCCAUACAACUGGUGCUUGCAAAUAUUAAGGUAUUUUAUGUUGUAAAUUUAAAGAUCUGAAUCUUUAAACAGUUAGAAAGAUUUUCAAUUAUGAAAAGUAACUAGUCCAAAUAGUUGUAGUUGUAACUAGUCCAUAAAUGAGUGUAGGGCAAACUUAUGACAACACUGUGAUUAAGAGUUUAAGUUUGAUUACUAUACUUAGAGCGUUUAGAUAAUUUCAUUUUUUGACGAUUUUUCAUUUUUUAAAGAAAAAAAUGUAUUAUGUGCAAUAUUUGUUAACUGAGUAAAAAAGAAAUGUUUCUUGGUAGAUUUUGUAGAAUCUCUUACUCUAAUGUUACCAUUAAAUGGUGUGAUAUAUUGACACGAAAUGUACGUGUAUAUUCAGAUUAUAGACUGUUAUUUACAUUAAAUAUUUCAAAGUUUA